AUGAAAGUGCUAACAGAAAGAGAUUCAUUUUUAUCAAAUUAUGAAGUGUUACAACAUUUACAAAACAUUAAAAAGAAAUAUAAUUGGUCAUUUAAUCCUGAUGAUGAAAAAUUUUUGAAAAACAAAAAAAAUAAACAUCAUUUCACUGGAUGUGGGAUCAAUUUAGAGAUCAUAACUAGAGAUGUAUUAUCAUGUUUAGAAAAUAAUGACAGUAGUUUAAUACAAUCACAAGAAAGUUUUAAACAAUUGAUGGAAUUUUUAAAUCAAUUUGAACUAAUGAAAGUUGAAAAAUUACAAAUUGUCAAUAGUUUACCAAGAUCAUUGGUGGUGUUAUAUGCUUUAGUUGAAGAAUGUGAAGAUAGAUUUGGUGAAGAAACUUCGGAGAAAAUAAUAGAGAAAAUAAAUGAAUUAUUCCCAAUAGAACAGGAAGAAGAAGGAGAAGAUGCUCAGGAAGAUGAAGAAAUUAACGAAUAG